GUGUCUUUUUAAAAGUUCUGUGGAUCUGUGGCUGUUUUGAUUUGAAGGAAAAAUUAUAGAAUCUCAUUCACACAAUCACAAAUAUUGAUGACUUAAUUUUAUAAAAAUAUGAAACCUUGCUUUUAUGUAAGAUAAAAAAAUGGGUGAAAAAGAAGGAGGGGUGUUUUACAAUUUAGAGAGUCUACUUCAACAGGACUAUCGUGGAGUGAAUAUAGCAGUAUACGCUCUCGCCACAGCGGGCUUAGCUAUAUCCAUACAUAAGAUCCGUCCGGUAAGCAAGUUUUCGAAGGCAACAAAAGUUCCUGAUCACUUUAUACAGAGGCAUGUAACUCUUAAAGGAGCCUAUGUUGGGGUUCAACAUUCUCCAGUGCGCCUUUUAAUCAAUCACAAGGCACCCAUUUAUCUUCCAUUGUGGCAUUCAAGCAAACCACCACUACCUGUCAAGCUAUGGGGAGUAGACAUAGUGAGUGGCAAUGCUGUCAACUGGCUGGACUGUGUGGCUAAGGGAAAACAGGUCACACUGAAACCAAUCGGCAGAGAUAAAGACGAUCUAGUCUCUACUGUACUUUUGCAUUUACCACAACCUAAGACCAAAACAGUGGAGACUUUUGACAUUGGACAGAAAUUAGUUGAGCUUGGUUAUGCAAAAGCUUCAGUACCACAAGACAUUAAGAAGAAAACAAUUGAAUCACAACUUGCACCAAAAAUUGUGUCAGCCGAAAACCAUGCACGCUCAUACAGAAAUGGAAUAUGGUCGGAGAAACUCCCUCCCAUUCCACUUUAUAUUAUUUAUUGGAGGAAGGGAAGUCAAUUAACAGCUGACUUGAUGAUUUUUUCAGUUAAAAAAUUAUUACAACUUCUGAGCUUUUUAUCAAGAAGUGCCUUGGUUGGAGGAAAAAAGUUAAUUCUUCUUCCUUUUAAUAAAUCAUCCCCAAAACGAAUACAAGCGACGUGAUUCAAACUAUAUUUAACUAUUUAUAGUCAGAGAUAAAACCAAAUGCAUUGUAUAUGUAAAAAAUAUUGGUUAUUUCUCUAGAUGGUUCUUGUUGUCAAAAAUUACUUUUAUACAAACUCUAUGGAAAAUAAAUUAUGAAGUAAAAUGUU